UGCUCAGGCUCAGGUGCCUCCCCACCCCCAGACAGCCCCUCAGCUCCAGUGAACGUCACUGUCAGGCACCUCAAAGCCAACUCAGCGGUGGUGAGCUGGGAUGUCCUGGAGGAUGAGGUUGUCAUCGGAUUUGCCAUCUCUCAGCAGAAGAAGGACGUUCGGAUGCUGCGCUUCAUCCAGGAGGUGAACACCACCACUCGCUCGUGCGCCCUGUGGGACCUGGAGGAGGACACGGAGUACAUUGUGCACGUGCAGGCCAUCUCCAUUCAGGGCCAGAGUCCGGCUAGCGAGCCAGUGCUCUUCAAGACUCCGCGAGAGGCUGAGAAGAUGGCCUCCAAGAACAAAGAUGAGGUGACCAUGAAGGAGAUGGGGAGGAACCAGCAGCUGCGGACGGGCGAGGUGCUGAUCAUCGUCGUGGUCCUGUUCAUGUGGGCCGGCGUCAUCGCCCUCUUCUGCCGCCAGUAUGACAUUAUCAAGGACAAUGAACCCAAUAACAACAAGGAAAAAACCAAGAGUGCGUCAGAAACCAGCACACCAGAGCACCAAGGCGGGGGUCUUCUCCGCAGCAAGAUAUGACACCUUUCAGUGCUUGCUCUGAGCAGCUCAGAAGAAAGACAGUAGAGAAUAUGAGGAUCUCAUGGUUCUGACGAUGAUUAUCCAACAAACAUCUGGUCCUCUCUACAUUUCCUCCUCCCUUCAUCUCCUUAUACCCUUUGGCUUACUGUUCUCUCUCUUGGCUUCUCUCUUUCUGGCACAUUUUCCUGAAGCCUCUUAUUAACCCCCAUCUCCAGAAGCACCUCAACAGUGCCAGUGGCUGAGGCUGCGCUCAGAGGCAGAUCUGCAGGAUGUGAGAACCAGCCAGCGGGAUGGCUCUGCUGGGGGUGGACCGGGUACCAGGGGCCAUAGGUCCAGGACCCGGUUUUGGCCGUUCAGCUGAGUGAGGCCGAAGGCUGGGUUUGAGAAGGCAGAGACAAGACAUCCAGGCAGGGCUACUCCUUUCCUUCCUCUCGGGACAAGAGCCUGGCUUUCAGGCUGCAGCCCUCCCUUUUCGUGCCCUCUCGCUAUUUCCAGCCUUGCAAGAAGUCUGUUCAAAUAGCCCUGGCCACUUCUCUUAUUUUUUCCCCUCCCAGUUUCCAAACAAGCCCUCGGUGAACAUCAUCGAAGCGUGACUGCCUGUCUGCAGGGAGAAGGAUUUCAUUUUUCUUCUCUGCUGGUCCCCAGGUCCACGGGCAAGGGAGAGGGAGGACUGCAGUGGAGGGGGAGGCACAGCUAGCUGCACAUUAUCCCCCUCUCCUAUGUCCUAGUCUGGUGAAGGAGGCUGAACUACAAACCCAAAUUCUGCAAAAAAUAAACAAGCCACAAAACUCAAAGACCUGGCCCCAUUCUGGAAAAGGCAAAGCUGCAUGAGACACAGCCUUCUUUCUGCCUCCUCUUGUCUCCUGGACUGGCUUCCUCUCUGAGAAAAUGCACAAAGCUUCUGGGAGAUGACAGGCACCUAGACUGAUUCAAGCUGUCUUUCAGACCAAGAAUCAUCAGGGAAGCCGUGGGGCUGCCUGCCAGGCAGGGUCAUGGCUGCCAUCAAGCCUUUUCUGGAUCCAGCCAUCAAGGACUUGUUUGUGGUGUGAUGCACAACUUUGUGAGUGUGUGAGAUGUUAUCUGUUUUGUCUUUUUUUUGGAAAACACAAUUGAAGGGCUUUACUCCAGAGGGCAAAGGGAUUCCCUGAGCUGGUUGCCUGCAUCCUCUGUCUUCUUUGGCCCUUAUUCUGACUGUAGGCCAUCAGUCUGGGGUCUUAAGAAGACAAAGUAGGAAAGACACCUGGAAGGAAUUGGCCCCGUUUCUUUAGGAAAAGUCUCUUGGAGUUGUAACACUGCUGACUUGGACAACUGAAAAGUACGUCCUCGUGGGACAGACAUCCUGGGGGCUGCUCAAUCACCUACUAUGGAGCAGAAGCUGCUGGAAGGCAGGCCUGAGCCAUUCACAGUCAGAGUAGUCCUGGCCUCUGGGGUCUCCAUAUCGUGCCAUCUCAUCCAGGGUUCUGUGAAAGCUAUCCAGGGUCCUCAUGUCCUUCCCUAGAGCCUGCGUGGUGUGAAGUGACAGGUCUCUCUCUCCACUGCCCCUUUCUGGUAAAAAAAAAAAAAAAAAAAAAAAAAAAAAAAAAAAAAAAAAAAAAAAAAAAAAAAAAAAAAAAAAAAAAAAAAAAAAAAAAUGGUGCUUGAUAAGGGAAGGCAGACUCUUCCCUAGGACUGACAAGUCAUGGCCUGCAAGGGAAGAGAUGGACCUCCGCAUCUUUCAGUGGUGGCUAAAGACAGGAGUAUGGGAGGACUUUGCCUAGCACAAGCCUGGCACACAGUAGGUGCUCAGUGAAUACCUGUUGAACCGAAUAGGAGCAAUAGCCCCCAAGCCAGAGAGCUGAAAGCCAUCAUCCAAUAACCGGCCUUCCUUUCGGUCUACAAGAGCUCUCAUGGCUGGGUCAGCCACCACUCUGCUUUGCCGGAGUGUGGAGCACGGGAGGAGAGACAAGGUAAAAGGCUGAUGUCAGCAGUACUAAGGGCUUCUUCAUGGGAGGGCAUGAGGCUCCACUCAUUGUCUUGUGACUUCCAUCCCUGCUGAAUGGGGCUGCGAGGCCAAGGCUCCUUAGGGGAGAGGUCCUGACCUCUGAUCCAGUUAGAGCAAUAACCACUUUUUAAAUGUAAAAUAAAAAGACAAAUGAAAAGGCA